CGAACAACUGCCAGCACUAUAUGUACUACAAAAUCUCAGCUCCUCUGUCCUGUAGUCAGUUUUGGGUAUGCAAAAAACACCUGGCAAAUGCCUCUCUGCACCAAGUCGCAACAAUGUGUGAUUGCUGAACUCAAUUACGCACUAACAGAGUAAAACAGCAGUCUUUGAUGGCUGGCCUGUAUCAAAGAUGGUAUGAUACGUAUCAUAGCCUUCAUUAUUUGCCACAUAUAAAACCUGCACGAAACGUUUGCCGGCGUCAGCGAUACCUUGCUCGUCUCUCGUAUCCAAUCCUCUGUUUUUUAUCACUAUGGAAUACGUCCCAUUAAGCCUGAACAGUUUAGUCCGUGGCUCUAUCCUAUAUCGCGCUUUGUCUCUGGUCUUAUAUGAGAAGCAGGGCCAGGACGCUGGCCUCGGCGGAUACCGCAUAGCAGCCGAAUUAGCUACAUCGCUGAUGCCAAUCCUCUAUGGAACCGUCAUUAUUGAUGCUGAGUACCCCGGCUCAAUAAUUGGAUAUGGCGGUCCAAUAUUCCAGCUAUCGUUGCAGCAGGCAUGGAUGUCUUUUGCCAAGGAAGUACGCCUGCUUGUCUUUUGUCCGGUGACUAUUCUGCAGCACAUCGGGUUUGACCGUGGGUCAUGGUGCAAUGUCAAGACAUUCCGCUGUACGGCCUCUCCAAUUAGCGCCAACACGUAUCUCGCCAGCAACAUUGCACCAGUAGUGAACAGAAAUGCCUGCUACUUGAUCGACCACCUUCCUAGUCUGACAGAAAUUGACAUCAUAGUCAGCAGCCCCGACGGCUUGCUCUUCAGACUAAUGCAGACACUGAAUAUGGCAGUGUGCAACAAAUUGAUGGGUGCCACGCUAGACCUGAGUACGCAGUCGUUUUUGAUCCCACGUCUCCCAACAACUCUCCAAGCGCUAGGCUAUACUCGCACAUGUUUCCAUCCUUCGCUUGCUGCGAACCUGAAGCUACUCGACAUCAAAGUAAUGUGUGCCAAUUUCCCCUGGUGCAUUUUUGCUUCGCCUUGGUUGGUUUCAUACCCCAGCCCGAAAAUGGCAUUCCCGAGCUUGAAGCGCUUGGUAGCGUCACGCUUAUUCGCAAAGCAUGCUGGUUUCUAUGGCUACAUUGCAAACUCGCCACUGAAGUCAGUCAAAGUAACCGAGAUUGCGCGUGAUGCUUCACUGAUUGACCCCUUGGUGGUUAGUGGCAUCGAUGAUUUCCACUUGGACCUUGUUGCUAGUCGCUUGCCAGGCAUGCGUGACGAUAUCAGUGUCGAAAAUGCGGUGCGCGGACUAUUUGGCACCCGCUCCCCUCUACGGACUGCGACACUUGUGCUGGGCGGUCUCAGCUUCCCACGGAUUGAAACUGCCGAGUGGUGCAGCCUUUCAAGUUUGCACUUUAUUGUUGGGACUGUCGAGCUUGCCUGUGUGUGCUGCCUGCUCCAACAACUGCCAAGGCUUCGCAUGCUGAGAAUUGAGAGUGAAUUCGUAUCUGCUGCCAAGGUAUUCGCAGACUCGCAGGAUGGCCAGCUCAGCACGACCCUCGAAAGCCUGGCACUCCUAUCUAUUUCUGCUAUGGAUAGGCAGAGCUGUGGCAUGCUUCGUCGGAUGGUUUCAAGGAUCCCGUCGCUGUUCAAGCUGACUAUAAGGCGCUACAUGGUGACUAGUUUUGCAGGCUUGUCAAGACCGGAUGGCGAUGAGAUCCAGGUGGUCCCGGAUGACAGCAUCUCAAUGGCCAUGGGUAUGAGAAUGUUUUAACUCAGAAAUAGCUUCAGAAUAUGUUCUCUCUAAGCAUGAACCAUUUGCAAUUAUAGCUGAACUAUCUGUGUUGUGUCCAGGGUAGGCAGUGGUGGCAGGAGCUGC